AUGAUGCUGAACACAUACAAGUCAUAUACAGAAAGAGCUGAACAGCACCCAAACGCAUGUGCUCGCUCAUUGUUUGAGCUUAUGGAGCGUAAAAAGACUAACCUUUCUGUGGCUGUUGACGUGACUACUAAGAAGGAGCUUUUAUCUAUUGCUGAUUCUGUCGGUCCCUACGUUUGCGUACUCAAGACACACAUUGAUAUUGUUGAAGACUUCGACAAAGAUCUCGUAGCCCAACUCGAGGCUUUGGCCAAGAAGCACGAUUUUUUGAUCUUCGAGGAUCGCAAGUUUGCUGACAUUGGUAAUACCGUCAAACACCAAUACGAAAAGGGUGUCUACAAAAUUGCGUCUUGGUCUCACAUUACCAACGCCCACACUGUUCCUGGUGAAGGUAUCAUCAAGGGAUUGGGAGAAGUUGGUUUGCCUCUCGGCCGUGGUCUUCUAUUGCUGGCCGAGAUGUCUUCCAAAGGUGCCUUGACCAAGGGAAGCUACACUACUGAAUCUGUUGAAAUGGCACGCCGCAACAAAGACUUCGUGUUCGGAUUUAUUGCCCAACACAAGAUGAACGAAUAUCCUGAUGAGGACUUUGUUGUCAUGACACCUGGUGUUGGUUUGGAUAUCAAGGGUGAUGGUCUUGGGCAACAGUACCGCACUCCUCAUGAAGUUAUUGUUGAGAGUGGGUGUGAUGUGAUUAUCGUGGGUCGUGGUAUCUACGGUAAGCCAGAUGAAGUGGAGGCACAGUCGAAGCGUUACCGCGAGGCAGGAUGGAAUGCAUACCUUGAAAGAGUACGCAUGCAUAAAGCAUAAAGCAUAAAGUAUAAAGUAUAAAUCCAAAAAAUAAAAUUAAAAAUGAAAAGUAAUGAAUGGAC